GAUUCCAAACGCGCCGAGGAACGUGUUAAAGAAGGCUGUGUAAUUUUAUAAAAUCACGACCACAGAAAUAAAGAAUUAGCUGCGCGUUUUGUGACGAAAUAGGUAGUAGUUAGUGCAACGUUACUACUGCACACGUCGGUUCGAUGGUUAUCAUAAGACAGUUCUGCACACAUUGCGCUCAGAAAUUUGUUAUUUAUUCAAUGUUGACCAUCCAUCCAGCUUCAAUCACGUAUGUGUGGCUCAGAGGUUACCACACUUAGCAGACAUUUUUACACAGAUUACUGAACUAAAUUUAUCAUUCCAUUUACAGUUAUCUCGGUAUGUGAAGAAUCACAGUUUUGGACGACAUGCAUUUAAAAAUUUCACAGACUGUUUUCUGACACACAAUGAUUUUUAACUGAACCGGAGAGUCAGAUAAGUGAUUAUGGUCUUUCAGACAUAAUAUAACAUGCAUGAGACCUGCACAUUACAGUGAAAGAAUAUUUUCCACCUGUGGUAGAAAGUUUUCAGUGGUUACAAAGCCCACUUUUUCCCGCUCACAGAAUAUGAUUUCAGAAAAUAAUAUGAAGAAUUAAUUGGCAUGUCAGCAGACACAAAUGUUCUAUGAUUAACUUAUGGACUCGUCUGAAAGAAGAGUUUCUACACAUUUCAAGUGCAGCUGUGACAAAGUGACUUCUGUCUUCAUCUGCAUUCCUGUGAGAAAGUGUUUUCAAGAUGUGCAGCAAUAAGAAUGAAAUACCAAAAUUGGCAAAACUGUAUCUGACCUCAACGCAUCUGUGGCCAGCAAGCUGGUUCAACAUACAUUGUUGACUUUUCCAUAAAAUGAGGUUAACAACAGUGUUGUGUAAACAACACAUUGGACGCAUGUUCAAGUAUCAUUGGAGAAUUCAGUCUAAACGAAUUCCAGUUGAUACUAAAGCAGAGUCUGAAAUUCAGGCCAGAGGUAUACCUGUAUAUGAACCAAAUGACAUUAUAGAAGAACACCGUCAAUUGGUGCAGGUGACAACAGCGAAACCUCUUGUGCCUAAACCAAUACCACGUGAUCUCACACAUCCUCUUUAUCAUGAAAGAAUCUGUCAUAUGUAUAGAGAUCAUAAUGUUCUUUUAAAAGGUCUAGACCAAGGAAAGAUUCUUACUAAGACAGUGGAAAUUAAGACUGGUUUACCUGUAGAGAUAGAAAACUUAUUGGGAGUUCAUUGUUUACCAGAUCAAGACAUUUUGGUUCAGAGGUGCAUACUGAAGUCCCAUGUUUUUGAUGCGAUGCAAGUGAAACUGCCUAAAAUCCGUGAUCCACAAAGACCAGCGUGGAAUUUUCCAAGAGGAUAUGGAAUUACUGACAAGAGACGAACUAAUCUGUUGUCUCCAAAACUCAUACAGUUGUGUGAGUUUGCAUGUGGAAAUAGCACUGAUGCUGUAUUAGGGCGUGCUGUGGUGCAAGAUGAGACUGUAUUUGUUCCAUUUGAGAAGGAUGGAGAUCUUAUACAGUUAGAAUUAACAGUAAAUUUCAUGCUGAAUUCUGCAGCACCUCUGCCACUUUAUGCUGAUGCUGAUGAAGUACAGGGAACUCAAGAUAUUCCAUUGCCAGAUCUGUAUCCAAUAAAACACACCAUAACUCUGGAGAAGGAGAACAUAUAUCAAAUUAGAAAUGUCUUUCCUGUACUCAAAGGUAGUAAAUUUCCUUACAUUCAUACUGCUAUCUUCCAUUGCAAUGAAACUGAAGUGAAGAAUAUUUAUGAGACUCCAGUCACAGAAGAGCAAGUUCAAGGUAGAACACUUCUUAAAUCCUUUGCAGUUGCUGCAGCUCAUGCCCAGCAGAGAUUUGGAGUGAAUGUGAAAGACCUUCCAGAACCUAUCACUGUUCAAUGUGUCCAGACAGAUGGCAGGUUAUUUCACUUUGCUGUUUUCCAACUUAACACGCUUGAUCUUGAUGGAACUGAAGGAAAGAAAAAUAUAUUUUGGAUGUUACCAAGAAUACCUUUAUUCACCUCUUGCAUGUAUGUGAAAGGCAGACCAUUGCUUGAAGGUUAUAAUUCAGAAGUGUUUAGUAGGUUACUAGCCUUUUGUUCUAAUGGUUUGCCGUCAUAGUUGUGAUGUAUACAUUAUUACACUUUAAUAAAUCAUUAAUUAGUUUAAAACUAA